CUCGUCUGCUGACUCAUUUGCAAGUAAACCGAAGUCUUGUUGUCUGGGCCUCCUGAAAGCUGCUGUAUACCACCAUGCCCGCACCCGUCCAGCAACCUCGCACUCUCUACGACAAAAUCUGGGAUGACCAUGUCAUUGACGUUCAGGAGGAUGGUCUGGCUCUCAUAUACAUCGACAGGCAUCUCGUUCACGAGGUGACUAGUCCGCAAGCUUUCGAAGGACUGCGAACUGCAGGGCGACGUGUCCGCAGACCUGACUGCACGCUGGUCACCGUCGAUCACAACGUUCCCACGACAUCGCGCAAGAACUUCACUUCUGUAGAGUCGUUUAUCGAGCAGCCUGACUCGAGGGCACAAUGCCAGGCUCUGGAGGAGAACGUGAAGGAGUUUGGGUUGACUUACUUUGGGAUGACGGACAGGCGGCAGGGAAUCGUGCAUAUCAUUGGCCCUGAGCAGGGCUUCACUCUCCCGGGUAUAACCUGUGUUUGUGGAGAUUCACACACGUCAACACACGGUGCAUUCGGUUCCCUGGCUUUCGGUAUCGGCACGUCGGAGGUCGAGCAUGUGCUCGCAACCCAAACUCUGCUCCAAAAGAAGAGCAAGAACAUGCGCAUCACCGUCGAGGGCAAUCUGCACGAAGGUGUCACCUCCAAGGACGUCAUCCUGCACAUCAUCGGUGUGAUAGGGACUGCAGGCGGCACAGGCUGCGUCGUCGAGUAUGCUGGUAAUGUCAUCCGCGGGUUCAGUAUGGAGGCGCGCAUGAGCAUUUGCAACAUGAGCAUCGAGGGUGGUGCUCGCGCUGGUCUCAUUGCGCCUGACGAGACGACCUUUGCGUAUCUCCGCAACCGGCCGCUUGCACCGAAGGGUGAAGUCUGGGAUCGCGCCGAGGCAUACUGGCGCACGCUGAACUCGGACGAGGGUGCCAAGUUCGACAUCGAAGUGCCCAUCCGCGCGGAGGACAUCCUGCCCACCGUCACCUGGGGCACAUCGCCACAGGAUGUCGUGCCGAUCACGGGGAAAGUGCCGGACCCCUCGAAGAUCGAGGACCCGAAGCGGCGCGAGACCGUGCAGCGUGCGCUGACGUACAUGGGACUCACGCCGAACACGCCCAUGGAGGAGAUCAAGAUCGAUAAGGUGUUCAUUGGCUCGUGCACGAACGCGCGCAUCGAGGACCUUCGCUCAGCCGCGAGAAUCGUGCUCGCCGCGGGCCCGGAUGCGAAGGUUGCGCCAAACGUGUCUGCGAUGGUCGUGCCCGGCUCUGGGCUGGUGAAGCAGCACGCGGAGGCGGAGGGGCUCGAUGUCAUCUUCAAGCGUGCGGGUUUCGACUGGCGCGAGGCGGGUUGUUCGAUGUGUCUCGGGAUGAACCCGGACAAGCUCGAGCCGGAGGAGCGCUGCGCGAGCACCAGCAAUCGCAACUUUGAGGGCCGUCAGGGCCCGCGUGGCCGGACGCACCUCGUGAGCCCAGCAAUGGCGGCGGCGGCGGCGAUGACGGGUCACCUGACGGACGUGCGCAGGUUUCUCGGUGCGGACAAGUCGGCGGCCCCGAAAAUGAAGGUCGUGAACGAGCUGCAGUUCUUGACGGACGAGGUGCAGCCUGCGCCUGCGCCAGAGCCGGUGAAGGAGGUGUCGGGCCAGCCGCUGCCCGCUGCGGAGGCACCGACCACCGUCGCGCCUUUUAGAGUGCUGAAGGGCAUUGCGGUGCCGCUGCACAUUGAGAACGUCGACACAGACAUGAUCAUUCCUGCGCGGUUCUUGAAGACGCUGAAACGCACCGGUCUCGCGGAUGCGCUGUUCUACGCCCUCCGUAGGACUCCGUCUGGCGAGAAGUCGGACUUUAUCAUCAACCGCGAGCCAUAUACUCACUCCAAGAUUCUCGUGUGCGACGGGCCUAAUUUUGGCUGCGGUAGCUCUCGCGAGCACGCUCCCUGGGCUUUGCGCGACUUCGGCAUCCUCUGUGUGAUCGCUCCGAGUUUCGGUGACAUCUUCCGAAACAACUGCAUGCAGAACGGCAUGCUACCGAUCGCGUUGCCCGAGCAGGACUGCCGUGCGCUCGCACAGGAUGCAGAGGCGGGAUUGGAGCUGGAGGUGGAUCUCGAGAAGCAGGAGAUCCGUCGCCCGAACGGGAAGCCCGCGAUCCCGUUCAGCGUUGAUCCGUUCCGCAGACACUGCCUGCUGAAUGGGCUGGACGACAUUGCGUUGACGCUGCAGAAGGUGGACAAGAUUGAGGAGUUUGAGAGGCAUCGGAGUGAGCGAUGGCCGUGGCUAGACGGGUUUGGAUACAAGGGCAAGAUUCCCAUUGUGCCUCAGACGAAGAAGAAAAUGGAUUGGUGAAUGGUCCCUGAUGUAUUUUACGUAUCUUGCCUAUAUCCCCGUUGUACAGGAUCCUUGGUGACCAUCACUGCCAUCGAAUUAAAUUAAAAGGAAGGCACACGUUGUCUUUCAUUCGGGAGGACACGUGUGGCUGCCGCGGAAGUGGCU